AGGCUCAAGUCCAACAUCGCACUCUAAUCCGCAAUCCUCACCCCUCGAAUUCAUUCAUGAUGGCUGAUCCGUGAUCUGCGCAGACCGAGUCAAGGCGGUGACUGCUCCACAACAUCAGCCCACUUCCUCCCGUCGGUCCCAAAUACCCCGCCAUUGACCUUUAUUUCUCAACGACCAUCCUCCAUCCCCACAAUCCACGAUGUCUUCCAGACCAGAAGUGGCUAGGCAAAAUACGGCGGAUAUCGCAGAACGAGACUACUUCGACGAGAACCCCCCUCCUCCCGCCCUCGACACGCACACCGCCCUCGCGCGAGACUUCAUCAACCACCACGCCGCUGCGGGAAGACGCGUCGUACUGGUAACAUCUGGUGGGACAACAGUCCCUCUCGAACGACAGACAGUCCGCUUCAUUGAUAACUUCAGCGCUGGAACGAGAGGCGCCACCUCCGCAGAAUACUUCCUCGAGACCGGCUACGCCGUUAUCUUCCUACACCGACAGUUCAGUCUGCUCCCCUACUCGAGACAUUACAGCCAUGCCACAGAUUGCUUCCUUGAUUUCCUACAUGAGGGACCGAACGGUAGCGUGGUGGCCAACGAGGAAUACAGGGAGAAGAUGCUGAUGGUGCUCCGGAAAUACAACUCGGCGAGAGACAAGAACCUGCUUUUGACAUUACCCUUCGUUACGAUCACGGACUACCUCUUCGUCUUGCGAGCAAUCGCCCAACUCAUGCGCCCAUUAGGUCCAAAUGGCCUCCUAUACCUUGCAGCGGCCGUCUCCGACUUCUUUGUCCCUCCUGAGAGGAUGGUGGAACACAAGAUUCAGUCGACGAAUGCAGCAGAUUCGAAGGUCGCCCCAAAAGAAAUCGAAGAGGAAGAUGAAGAAGCUUUUGACAAUUUCGACUCCUCACCUGCGGUCCCACGAAGCAAACGCUUAGUCGUCGACCUCGAUCCCGUCCCAAAGUUCUUGAAGAAUCUCGUUGAUGGGUGGGCUCCAGAGGGGAUGAUCGUAUCUUUUAAGCUCGAGACAGAUCCGGAGAUCCUGGUACAUAAAGCACAAUACUCGCUGACGCGGUAUCAACAUCAUUUGGUGAUUGGGAAUUUGCUGUCGACGAGGAAGUGGGAGGUUGUGUUUGUGGCUCCGGGACAAUCGGACAAAUGGAUCAGAGUGCCCAGACAUAGAAGGAAGAAGACAAUUACAGGGGCGGAAAAUAUGGUGGGGGUGGCUGCCAGUGGAGGGGAUUUUGCUGAAAAGCCCUUGGAUCCGAAUGAUCUGCCAGAAGGGGAGCCAGAGAUGGACAUUGAGAGUCUCAUCAUUCCGGCGGUGGAGGAGAUGCAUACAACUCACAUAAAGAAUGCCAAAGCGCAUUCGUAGAGCAAUCAAAAGUUCUUCCAGAUUCCGUUCAUUGCCUGACAUCAGUGCUCGAUCAAAUUGAGCCAAUUCAUAACCAUCAUCGCCUUCACCAGGUUGCCCCUCAUGUCCAGAUGUACACCAUCAUAUUUGUUGCUCUGGAUGCUCAUGUUCCAAGUCCCAAGGUGUUCGACUCCUCUCCUUCUGGCCUCGAUACCCACCGCUUCCUCGAACAGCAUCAGUGCUUUGUUCCCUUGCGUCACAAUCCAGUCAUCCGGCUUC